AUGACGACUAAAAAAUCCUUGCUCGACGGAAUUCGAUAUCAUAUGAUGAAGUUUUCUCAGCCUCAAGUAUCUGACAACUCCGUGGAUCCUACUGAUCAAACCGAAUUCGCUCGACCAGUGACGUUGCACAGAAGAGACGCUCGACAGCCCCAUCCAGGAAGAGCCGUCAAAGAGGAAGAACCCGAGCUACCGCCAGUCGACGAGAAAGAGGUCGAAAGACUAGCCCAGAUCAAGGCGGAACGAGAAGCUCAGCGUGCCAUAGAUCAAGCCAAAAUCGCGCCGGUAGCCAAGGAAAUUCAGCCCAAACGACCUAAAAAACAAAAGGAAGAAAAAACCAUGUUCAAUCGAGCUCCCAAGACUGACGCUGCCAAAAAGGAGUCAGAUAUUCGCUACGAGGAAGCCUUGCCAUGGCAUCUUGAAGAUGCUGAUGGGAAGAACGUGUGGGUGGGAAACUAUGUCGCGGCGCUUUCCGAGGCCAACGUUGCCUUUAUGAUUGAUAAAUCCGUCUUUCGUAUGGUGCCUUUGGAAAAGUGGUACAAGUUCACCUCCAAACCGCCGUUCCAACCCUUUACCAUUGAUCAGGCCGAAGCGUUUAUGAACAGAAAGGUGGAUGUUGGGAGGUGGGUGAUGAAAGACGAGGAAAAGAAAAUGGGACAAAACGAUCUAGAAGCGACCCGAAAGCUACUCUAUGGACGUGGUCAAAUGAUCAAAGCCGAAAGCGAUACUUUCAAGGCAGCGUCGCGUUCAGAGAAACUUGACCACGACGAGCUAGAUGUAUCCGGGGACGAGUUUCAAGACGAUGAUGAGACGCCCUAUCUUGAACGCAUGGACGACGACGAUGCCAAGGAGUCCAAGGAGCGCAUACGCCGCGAGCAAUUGGGGGCAAACUUGUUUGGAGACGGUGACGAGCGGGGAGUUGACAAGGAGCUUCAAGAGCAAUUGCGAGAGGAACUGGAACGACAAAAAUAUGGCAAGAGUACGAAGAAGGCCCUGAUUAAGCGGGAUCGAGAAGACAUUUACGCAAGCGAUGAUUCUGAAGACAAACCUUGGAGCAGUUCGUCUGACGAAGAAUCAAGUGACGACGAGGAAGACGACAAGAAAGAUGGAGAUGCCAAAGAGGCUCACGGCGAUUCAAAAGACAAGACGAAAGCGGCAGUGAACCCCAAGGGAUCGUCGACGCCACAGGGCAAGCAGAAACAAAGUGACCUCGCGAAGCCCACGAAAUCCUUGAAAAGAGCUGGGUCACCAACUCUGUCUGAAUCGAGCGGAAAUGAGUCGAGUCGCAAAAAGAUGAAGAAAACUCCCGCAACAACCUCCAUGAACCAGAUGGGCACAUCUUCCUCCCAAUCCAACAGCGCGGCUCGCCGAAGCAAGGGCAGCCACGGGCCCGGCAGCGACGGAGAAGCAACGGGUGCAGAGAUGUCGGACAGUUCGUUUGUUCCGAGGAAGCCGGUCAAGUUAAUGGGCGGCAGUGGCCGAGGGACGCCAUCAGCAUCAAGAGCUGGUAGCCCUAAUCCCACCCCUUCAGCUGCUUCCCCCAACGCCCAAACCAACGCCGGAAUUGAGUCGUGGGAAAUCCUGGAAAAGAUUCCGCCCGACGGCAUCUCCCUGCAAGAUCUCGUGAAGCAGUUUCACGGCCGGGUGGGUGAUCGUCCCGGCCAAAUGAACAAGGGCGACUGGAUCAAGUUGGUGAAGCAGUUGUGCGACUAUGGGUCUGAUAAACGGCUGCGUCGCCGCAGGUAG